AUGGCUACUUCCACCAACUCACACAGACCCAUCAAGGGGAUCCUGAAAAACAAAGACUCCAUGGAUUCUUCCAUGGGGGCCCCUGCCCAGAAGUCUGGAGGGCCUAAUCAAGUACAGACUAAAAAGUCUAAGAGGUGGGACGAAUCAAAUAUCCUUGCCACAUGCCGCUCUGCAUACAGAGACUAUGAUUUAAGGAAGAUAAAUGAGCCUAACAUUCGUCACCCGAGGUUUCAAGAUGGCAAAGAUACCGCGCGUGAUUUAGAAGCAAAAGGCCAGACUGGAGACACCACUAUUGAUAACUUAGCUAAGAAAUUAGCCGCCGCUGAUUUCUCUGAGCCGAAGGGUCUCAUGGGGGAGCCAGAGAACAAGCAGAUACACAGCAGAAUCUUCAUGGAUAAACAAGAAAGACAGCGGCAGUUCGAAUUGAGAAGGAAGCUGCAUUACAGCGAAGGACUGCACAUGAAAUUAGGUAGGGAAUUAAUUGCAAAAGAACUCCAAGGUGAAGAAAUGGGUGAUGAAAACGAAGAAAGCCCACCUGUUACCAAUGAAAAGAUGACUACAGCAGGAGAAUCAGAUGAUGGCCCUGUAAGUGAUGAACUGUAA